AACCCCUGCGCUGUCUCGAUAGCGAUGGGAGCUAAAACGUGGGAGCAAUUCGGAAGUUGUUGGCAGUAGCGCCGUCAUUGCAUGGCUGUGUUGGAAUCAUUCCUCCCAAAAGGUGGCUCCUUCGAACGUCUGGGUCAAGGUAUAUAACCCCCUCCUGCCGUUGUUCUCUUUCUGCCUGUGUUCGAAGCAUCGCAAUCUCCACGACGCUCGCACAUAGGCACUCCAUGCUUACGACUCUCCUCCUCUUGCUCGUCCACGCGGCGGCAGGGUACCUCGUCCCUACUCCACCUGGCAAGCACAAUGUCACACUCACGACUGGCCCCCUCGUCGACUACAGCCGCAAUGAUCCCUAUGCGGCCACAGUGACGCCUCGCGCACUGAUGCUCUCCGUCUUCCAGCCUGCAAAGUGCGCCUCCACGAUGCCAGCCCCAUAUAUGCCCAACAAAACGGCCGAGUACCAGGGGCCCUUUCUCCAGCAAAACUUCCAGAUAGCCGCCAACUUCACACCCCUCUUCCAGGAGGCACGCCUGCCCGUGUGCGCGCACCAUCACCGCAGCUGCUCACCGCUAGAAGAUGUUCCCAUCCUGCUCUUCUCGCCUGGCUACGGCAUCCCGCGGCUCUACUACAGCGUGCUUGCUUCCGCCAUUGCCAGCGAGGGCUUCACAGUCAUGACCAUCGACCACCCGGGCGACGCCAACAUCAUCACCUAUCCCAAUGGCCACGCAGUCUACGCCAACGACACGUCCUCCGUCAUAGAGAUCAUACAGCAGCACCUGCUCGUGCGCGCCGCCGACGUGACUUCUGUCAUCGACCAGCUGAGCAACGCGACCGCGAUGGCUGCGCUGCUCCCCCAGCGCGGAUACCGGCCGUUCCCGACGGACCGCAUCGCCAUGCUGGGACACUCGCUCGGUGGCGCCACAGCCGUCACCGCCGCGGGCAAGGACGACCGGCUGCGCGGCGCCAUCAACUGGGAUGGCACCCUGUAUGAGCCGCUGCCCGCGUCGGGGCUGUCGCAGCCCGUGCUGUUUAUCGCGCAUGGCACGGCCGACGACGACAGCUGGACGCAGGCGUGGCCGCUGCUCACGGGGCCCAAGCUGUGGCUCACCAUCAACGAGACGCAGCACCAGACGUUCUCGGACGUGCCCACGCUUUUGCAAGCGGCGGGCCAGAAUGCGACGGCGUACGCGGACCUGCUGGGCACGAUUGCGCCGGCCGAGAUGGUGCGCAUCCUCACGGCGUACACGACGGCGUGGAUGAAGGGGGCCUUUGCAGGCCACGAGGGAGGGCCGCUGCUUGAGGGGCAUCAGCCAGACAGAUUCCCAGAGGUCUCGACUGUGAUGAAGGCCAACUUCUGAGAGGGGCAACUUCUGAGAGGAGCAACCUCUGAGAGGAGCAACCUCUGAGAGGAGCAACCUCUGAGAACAGCAACCUCUGAGAACAGCAACCUCUGAGGCGUCUCACGAGCUAGUCAUGCUGUGACUUGACUUGCUCGCAGGCCUGGACAUGACAGCUGCAACAGCGAGUGUUCUACCGCACAGACUCAACAAGCGUUCUACCGCACAGACUCAAGC